AUGAUCGCAAAUGGGAUAGGGUUACGACAAGGUGAUGGAGGUGAAGAAGAGGGAUUGGGAGUCAAGCAUGGUGGUUUUGUAAAGGAGGCCUGGGAAAAUAAUGAUGGGCAGCUAGAAUGUGAGCUGAGAAGGGAUGUUGGGUUUUGGAAUUUUGGCUGGUGGAGACUAAUGGCACUGAUGGGUCGUGGCGUAGAGAUGAAGAUGGAAUGGCUAGGAAAUGGUGGUGUGCGGUGUCGCCCCCCAUUUCCAGUCCUAGAUCACUCUCAUUACCGCACCUCCUCCAUAGCCUCUGCAAACGCUCACUCACCCGCGGUACAUCACCGCCUUCCUGGCCAUCCCAGCCAAACUUUGGAUCACCACUUCCAGCUUCCACCACCACGCUCGCCGUGCGCACCACCGCCGACCACCAUCACCCCCAAACCCACCGCGAGUCACGCACGCAGUCGCGCCUCGCCACCUCCAUCGAGCCUCCGCAAGCGACCCAAACCACUUCCACGAAUCCCUAUUUCACAGCUCCGGCCACCACCACCAACCACCCCAUUUCAGCCUCACCGGAAUCACGAACAAUUGCCCUCCACUGUGAGCCAUUCAUCGCGCCUCCAAACACCUCGGGCUGAAACCACCACAGCUCGUCAGACCCAACUGCGCGAUUCUCGCGUUUCCAUUGAAAGCUCCACCGCGGGCUGCGCCGCCCACACCGGCCGUAGCGAAUCCGGCCUCCCCCCGCCCCUUUUUUUUUGCCAGCUACUCGUGGCGCUGCCUCACUCAGCAGCUCAUCUCCUCACCGCAAGGCGCCACCAGCCUCCACCGUGUUUCGUUCCCUGGCUGUCACCGCACCACCGCCAGUGCUAA